AUGACAAAGGUGUACCCCACUCCCAUCACUUCGGUUGUUGUUUCGCCACCCAAAUCCUCUGCUGCCAGUAAGAAUCCGGUGGUCUUCACUGUUUGGAAGAAGUCUCUACUCUUCAAUUACGAUGGAUUUCCAGUGUUCGACUCCAACGGCAAUCUUGUAUUUCGAGUAGACAACUAUGUCACCGGAGGGAAUGGUGAAAUUGUUCUCAUGGAUGCGUUCGGCCGCUCUGUCGUCACUAUUGGCCGCAAGAGGAAAAGUCUUUCGGACACCUGGCAAGUGUAUGAUGGAGAAACAACGCUUGUUCCACGGUUUUCGGUCACGAAACACAUGAACAUUUUCAACACUAAGUCCCUAGCUUACGUUUGCAAAGAAGGAUCGUCAAAGAACAACAACACGAGAAUCCUGAUGUAUGAGAUCGAUGGAUCAUAUGCUCAA